AUGAGUUCCGCAGCCCCCGCCACAGCUCCUACCCAGGAGAAAGGAAAAGAGAAGGAGAAGAAGGGUGUUGGCAAGCUUCUCUCGCGAAUGAAGACCGUACUUAAGAAGGGCGAGAGCUCCACCAGAAGGUUUUCCAUCAUUGGAUCCAAGACGCAUAAGAAGGGCGAAUCCUCUGAGCAGAAGACGGAAACCAAGCCGGAGCCCGAAGGUGUUACUAAGAUUCCUAGAAGUCAGUUGUACGAACAGCGCGCCAAGCAGCUCGGUGAGCGAUUCGGACUUCAACUCUACCCCGGUGACUGGUAUUCCACUGAAGGAGAUGCCCUUCGUGUCGAGAAGCCGAUCCGAAUGCGAGUAAGACGCAACUGCCACCUGUGCAACGCUACUUUCGGUGUAGCCAAGGAAUGUCCCAACUGUCAGCAUGUCCGCUGCAAGCAGUGCUCUCGUUAUCCUCCCAAGAGGACCGAGGCCGAGAAACAGGCAAGUCGCGAGCGAAGAGCCGCCAAGGCCAAGGAACUUGAAGAGAACCCUCCUAUUGCCGUCGAUUAUCGUCAUGAUGAUGGAAAGACACCUGAGCUCAGGAUCCCACCUAAGUGUGGCACUCAGGAUCUUAUCUACAAGAAGCCCCGUCAGCGUGUGCGUAGGAACUGUCACGAGUGCGGUACCCUCUUCACCACGGGAACCAAGCUCUGCGCCAACUGCGGACAUAUCCGCUGCACAGAUUGUCCCAGAGAUCCUGCCAAGAAGAAGAAGUAUCCUUUCGGUUAUCCUGGCGACGAAUUUGGGCCAAAUGCCAUCCCCCAUCACGAGUGCCACGAAUGCAAGACGAUUUUCCCAGGUGGCGUGCCCAAUGGUACUGCCUGCCAGUCUUGUCAGCAUGCCAAGUGCGAGAAAUGCCCGCGACUAAAACCCCGACGAGUCGAGCCCCAGCCAGAUGCCGAUGUCCUCAAACAGGUCGAAGAAAAGCUUGCUAAGCUCAAGGUUGGCGGGUAG